GCGUCAAAAGCACAUGCAGACUCUCCAUCAAUCAGCCAGCGGUUCGCCAAUGGUCAUUCAGCAAGGAUAUGGGAAUGCACUACGGAAGUGCGAACAGGUGCAAUCUCCUUGACGGCUCCAAUGUCAUUGAUUUCACGACACCAUCAUUCGCUAAUAUAGCCAGAUAUUGCGUUAGCUGACACUGCUAGCUAGAUAGAUGGAUCGAUGUUGACUGUUGAUCGUUCAGCAAAUGGUGUCUCGUUACAUGGCACUGUAAGCCGAAUGAUGCAUCCGCCGCGGGAACUAGAGAUUGAUGAACCACGGAGCGCAACUGUGCCGGAAACGGAGGGGUGUAUAAGAUGACUUGCCCGCUGUAAGUUCGUGUUGAAUUGCUCAAGACACGAAAGAUAGAUCGCGACGAACAACCUUCAAGAUGGCGACCAACCACAGCGAUGUUGAGCUCAUCCCUGGUACUGAGAUCAUUGACGAGAGCUCCGCGCAAAAGACGCUCAUACCAACGCCCUCGUCUGAUCCUCGCGACCCUUUGAACUGGACUAGGAAAUGGAAGCUCAUGGCAAUGGCCUCGCAAGUGUUAUUCACUUGGAUCUCCGUUACCGGUGCACUAUCCAUCGCGCCGAUGUUCCCUCUUUUGGGUGCCCAAUUCCAUCUCAAUAAUAAUCAGCUGGCUAUGCUGACUGGCAUCACCGUUAUCACACUCGGUUUCGCCAACUUCAUCAUCGUGCCGCUCUCCAACAUCUUCGGGAGACGCGCUAUCAGCUUGACCUUUUCUGUUUUCAUUCUUCUGACAUACAUAUGGCAAGCAAUGGCGACCAGUUACAGCAGUCUGCUGGCCGCACGUGCCGUCAACGGUCUGGCUUGUGCGACGAGCGAGAGUAUUCCUGUGCAGAUGAUCGCCGAUGUCUUUCAUCAGCACGAGAGGGGUCUGUGGACGGGUGUCUACUUCACCGGCUUCUUCAUGGGAGCAUUUUUGGGUCCGAUCAUGGCUGGUUCCAUGGCAGCUCACUAUGGUUGGCAGUCAUUCUUCUGGCUAGAGACCGCAUUGUCUGGUGUCUCGGUUAUUCUGAUCGCGCUCACCUUCCCUGAAACCAAGUAUCAUCGCGGCAACACAGCUGUCAUCCAAACCGCCAGCAGCAACCCCAGCAACGAGGACCAGACCAAGCUCGAAAAGCAAGCCACGGAGGCUGGAGUCCAAGACUCUGAGCGGAGCUCACUCGAGCAACCCAUCACUGUGCAGGGACGCCCAUCCCGUGCGCAAUUCAUGCCGUUCAUGAAACCAGAUGCGAGGUGGAAGAUGUUUGUCGUGCGCGACACUUGGACGCCCAUUAAGGUCUUCUUCAACCCGAUCAUCCUGUGGGCAGGACUGAUGCUUGCUGGCCCAGCCGACAUCGUCCUCUUCUUCAAUCUUACCGAGUCGCCUGUCCUCGCUGCACCUCCCUAUCUCUUCAGGCCAGACCAGGUCGGAUACACAAACUUCGCGUUCGCCGUUGGCGCCUUGUUCGGGCUGGCAACAGCUGGUCCAUACUCUGACUGGGUAUCUGCUCGUGCAGCACGUAAGAAUGGCGGCGUGCGUGAAGCGGAGAUGCGACUGCCGGCGCUGUUCAUUUACGUAGUCAUUAUGAUGCUCUCAAUAAUCCUCGGCGGUGUUGCAUACCAGCAGCAGUGGGCGUGGGGUCAUAUCGUGGUUUGGGGCUACGGGCUGGCUGGCCUCAGCGUCACCACGGUGCCCACUAUUGCCAUCGCCUACGCGAUCGACUGCUACAAGCCCAUCUCCGGAGAGAUUAUGGUGGUCGCUACAGUCUGUAAGAACUUCAUCGGGUUCUCGUACAGUUACUGGGUUUUCGACCUUGCGCACGUGAGCAAGAAUGGUUGGAUCACUCCUACCAUGGUCAUCUUCGCUUGCGCAACGGGGCCUGCGCUAUUCGUCUUUCCGUUGUACUUCGGGUUGGGCAAGAAGAUUAGGCGAUGGACAAAGGACAGUGAUGUUCACCGCAUGGAAGAAGUGAUCUAGAUGGUUAGUGGCAGUACGUUGGUGCAUGGACGCGUGGGGAGAAGCUCCGUUUACAAAGGCUUUUGGAAGACAUGGUCGUAUGCCAUGGCUCCCGCAAUAGGCCACAAUACACCCAUUUCUUUUGUGAAUCCUGUCUUCCUUUCCCUUUGUAGUCUGUUGUGAUGAUGGGAUUGGGUGCUGCGCAAGAGGACGCCUUCUAGAGGGUACCGCCAGAAGUGGGUCUCGUCUUCGCGCUAACCGUUGACGUCAUCCUAAGUUUUCCGCAAGCGGGCGUCGCCAAUGGGGU